AUGGCGCAAGGGAAUCUCAGCCUGCUGAGAAGUAGCAGUGAGGGUACUGCAAGUGAUCACCCAGCUGUUGUCAUUCCCAGAUGUGGCCCAGCAAGUCCAUUUAAAGGACACUUAAGUACCAAAAGUAAUGCUUUCUGCAUUGAUUCCUCACAGAGUCUGACUAAUCAGUACCUGAUCAGAGAUCACCUAAUGUUUCAUUAUAACAAAAUCCUUUCAGCCAAAGCAGCUGUAGAUUGUUCCGUGCCCAGAAGUAGGUUGACUAGCAUCAAAUUUGCAGACCAGCAAAGAAGAGAGAAACUGAAAAAGAAGAUAGCCAGGUGUGAGAAGGAGAUGAGUGAGGGUAAAACUGGCUCACGAUCCAGCUCAAGGGACAGCGGAAGGGGGCUCUCAUCCUCUGUGGGAAAGAGUUCCUUAGAAGCAGAAGACACCGACCUCCUCUUCCCCUCUGCUCCACGGGCGCAUCCCUGGCCUAGAGCUCUGCUGCCUCCCGACAAGCAGCACUUGGUUCACUCCAGUCCUCUAAAAUAUUCCGGAAAAUAUUCUGGAAACACAUCUAACACCUCCGACUCAAGUGUCGGGACCUCAAGUCCACGAAGGAAAACCUCUGGACUCUCGUGUAGUUGCUCUACUGAUAGCUUUGUUGGCCUCAGUCAUUCCCGGCAGCAUCAAGAAACUAAAUGCAAGGUAUACAGCAGGGAUCUCCUAGACAGGCACUCUGACUUCUUUACUGAUAGUCGAAAACCUUUCACUCCACGCACCUUAAUAUCAGAUGCUAAAUCCUUCCUGUCACAGUACAGGUAUUACAGCCCUGCUCGGAGGAGAAGGAAAGGUCGCUAUAAGCAGCAGGUGGAUGCUGAAACACAGACUGACGUAAUCAGCUUUCCCUCUGCAGACAAAGCGUCGGAGAGAAAAGCUAUGACUGAUCACCAGAAGAUCGCAGUGCAGGCUGAAGAUAAAAGACGUGUUUUGGAUAAGUUCGAGAGAAAAUCUGCUUUUCAGAACUCCUUCCCAAGAUCAACACCCAUGUAUUCCAAGCAGCCUUCAGCAGCGAGGAAAUUCCAGUCUGAAGAAGAGGAGCUUUUAUAUCUGACUUUCAUCGAAGAUGUAACAAAAGAAAUUCUUAAGUUUGGGCUCUUUUCUAACAGAGUUCUGGAAGAAUUGUUUGAGUAUCACAUACAAGAAAAUAAGCACCAUCUGGAUGAGAGGAAGAUGCGUUACCUGCUGGACAUGCUCAAGGUGGACCUGGGCAGCGGGCCCGGCCACCUGGGCACCCUCGAGGCCGUGGAGGAGCUCAGGGCCCCGGGCGCAAGGCGGAGGAAGGCUCCACGAAGCGAGGAAUUCCUUAGGAACACGGAUUUGUUAUGGAUGGGACCCACCAAGUGCGAGUCACCCGUGAAUUUCGAAGGGUCAAAGGAGCGGCAGAGCAAGGGGGGGUUUUCACCAGACAUUGCUGAAAUGCUGGGUGCUGGGACAGACACUCACUCCGCUGCGAAACCUGAAGGUGGCCCAGGAACUUCACCCACAUUUGAUGCGACUUUAAACUCUGCUGCUUGUGACAGUGAUUUGGAAACCACCAAGGACCUUGAUGACCUUGAGGAAAGCUUUGCAGAGGCCCUUCAGCUCUCUCCUGACUAUCCAGAGCAGUAGCCAAAACUCAGCUGCUGGCUCAGGAUGGAGACGCUUCCUUGGAGAACUGCCCUUCACAAAAUAAAUAGUAGUAAAUUAUUUGUUGCAUCUUUGGUGUUUCUGUUUUAAAGACUGCUGCAAUCUCUCGAGCAGGGUCUUGUUAAUCAAGCAUUAAUUGUACAAAUGUAGACUGCAAAGUCAGUUAUCAAAAAAAAAAUUGUAUAUUUUAUCUGUAAGUAUAUAAGCCAGAAUUUGAGAGAACUUGAGAUACUUUUGAGAGUAUUAAUU